AUGGUUUGGUUCAAUGAUACCCCAAUCGGUCUUUCUCAAUCAACUUCGGCCUUCACAUGUUCAAAAAAUGCUUCUGACAGAGCUUAUUCCAAUGGAAACUGUGAUCUAGUUUCAAACUUCCAACGGAAUUUCUGCUCCAACUUUGUCUGCAUCUGCUGUUAUGUUCGUCUUCCUAGUCUUCAUGACUUAUAUGAUCACGUCGAGGAAGCACAUAUUGGACGGAGUGGUAUGAGAGCAUGGCCUCCUAAGGUCUUUUCCGAACUUUCUGAAAUCUCCAGCCCACCUCGAGCGACAAGCCCGUUCAAAGACCAAGACUCGGACUGUACUCCUGACGAGUCCAUUCUCGCAAUCGCAUAUUCUACUCGAGAUUUGAAUAAUGACAGCGCGGUGUACAAAGACACUUUGCACCUCGAUUAUUGUAUGACUUGCGACCCAGACAGUUUUCCUCAGUGCCCUCCGCUGCGUCAUCCGUUUCCUCGCCAUGAACAAUCAUGUCAUACCCCACCUCCACCAAAUGUGGCGUCCGGUCUCGCAGCAGCUGAUCUUCGUCCAACGGCUGUACAAGAUAGCGAGUCAGAGCCUGAGUCUCCGAAACACGGUCGUGAAAGCUCGGUUGGCCCGAUUAGAUCCAGACUGCGUAAUCGUGAACGUCGCGCGGACGUGCCAUCAGAUUCGCCACUCAGAGUGCUGUCCGGCAAGAGCAGUCUCAUACAACCACGAACGAAUGCUGUAUCGCGAGAGCCUGUGGCGAAGUCUAGUUAUAAAAAAAAGGUAUCGAAGGUAUCGAAGAAAGACUUGAUCUAUAAUUGUCCAACUCCUGGUUGUAUCAAGACCUAUCGCAACGCCAAUGGCCUCAAAUAUCACAAAGACAAGGGCACAUGUCUCAUUUCUGAGGAGUUCUUGGCCAAUAAUCAUUCAUGUCUUCCCGCUCCGACCCCGUAUUCUCCUCGAUCCUUGACACCGCCUAUGGAUUACCUCGCUCCACCUGCCUUCUCCUCGUCCUCUCCCAUUACGCUACAAGGAAUCAUCACCAUAGCAUGUCCCUCUCCUAGUCUCUCGGCUGAGCUGAUACAUACGAGUCCCGGUUCCUCGUCGCUGCGUUCGCACGAAUCUCCUUUCAGCUCCUGUUCUCGCAGUCUGAGCCCGCUUUCUAUUCUUGAAAGCUCUGAAUCGCCUCCUCCUUCCCCAAUCGAGCUUCGUGCGUCGACCGCCACAAUGAUUCUUAGUUCUCCACCAUUAGACACCAAUCUUCCUGUAACUGUCUUUGCGCCGGCGGUGGCCUUGACACUGAACCGACCUUCUUGCUGCAGAAGUGCAGUGCAGGCAGUCCCCGGCGUUUCAGAGAGACCCAGAAACACUAUGAAAACUGAACUUCGAUUGAACGAAGGCCUGACGCUAGAUGACGACGACUUCGAACGUUCAGAUUCGGCGAAUGACUUGCAUUGA